AUGGCGCUGCACGGACAUGAGGAAUAUGACAAUGACGACACAUCAUCUACAUUAACAGUGGAACAACCUACUACACAUAGUUUAACUCAUUUCAAGUUCGAGAAGUUUGAUGCUACCAAAGAAACAUGGAAGUACUACUACCAAAGGUUUGAGUUGGAAAUAAUUAUUUGUGGGUUACAACACAAUCAAGAAGCUAAGAGAAUUUUACUUCUGAAAUGGAUUGGUUCUGAACAUUAUAGAAUUGUGGUUGAUAACUUUUAUCCAACACCUAUUUUAACAGUAGAUUACGAGGAAAUUGUUGAGUUUAUUUCAAAUUUCUAUAAACCAAAAACAUCCUAUUUGGCCGAAAGACUAAAAUUUGGAAAAAUCAUGAAGAACAAAGAUCAAUCAAUACGCAUAUUUGUAAACAAUUUGAGAGCUGGUGCGACGGAAUGUGAGUUUAAAGAUACACUUGACGAAAGACUGCGAGACCAGUUCUUAUUGGGUUUAAAUGAUCCUAAAAUGCAAGAAGAGCUCAUCAGAAAACAUCCUGAGGAAAAAGCAAAACUUGUCGACAUCGUUAAAGACGCCUACCUAAUGGAAAUGGCACAUUCUCAACAACAACAAAUAGAAACACUUGGGACAUUUUCAUGUGAUGCACAGGUAAAUAAGGUAGGGGCUACACGAACUACUAAACCGUUACACAAAAGGGACAGUACUAGAAUCAGCUUGAAUCCUGAGUCACAGUGUUUGAGGUGUGGUUUUGCAAAACAUAAAACAGGUGAGUAUUGCAAGGCAAUGAAUAUUCAAUGUAGAGCUUGUGGGAAAAUGGGGCAUUUUGAACGAGUUUGUCUGAAAUCCAAUAAUGUGGUAAUCGAGAAAAAUCUUUCAAGACGUUAUGUCAAACAGAUUGGUAAGUUUGCUGGUAUGAGUGAUUAUAGUGACAGUGACAAUGUAAACUUUUCCCGUCAUUUUAAUGACGGAUGUCCUGACAUAUCUGAUGAACUAGGAGCUGAGCCUCCCGACUUGGUUAAAAACAUAAGUCAAAUUAAUAAUGUAGAGAAAUUUUGUUACGUUGUUAAUUUAACAAUAAAUAGGGUUCCAAUAACGAUGGAAUAUGACACUGCUGCUGCAAGAACUAUAAUAAGUAAAUCUACGUGGAAACAAAUUGGUGAACCGGCACUGACUCAUACGGAGGAGCUGGGUGCUUAUCCGUCAUUUAGAAUACCUAUGCUCGGCGAGGCUAAGGUCGCUGUUUUGUUAGGAUCAACUACUUUGCAAUUAAGUGUUGCUGUCACUGACAGUGUUUCAGGGACACCUUUGCUUGGUAAAGAUUGGAUUGUAGCAUUUAAUCUAGAUCCUAACUGUGAACAUGUAUGUAAGCAAAAUUCUUAUAGCGUCAAUCAUAUUAACACGGACAUUAUAGACAAAGAGGGGGAGAAACGUAAGAUAUAUAAAGAGUUCAAAGACAUAAUUACCAAUAACCUAGGAACAGUGAAAAAUUUCAAAGCUAAGGUUAGAGUAGCUAAUGAUGUACAAUUGCCAAUACACAAACCGAGACCUGUUCCGUUCGCAUUACACAGUGCAACUAGCAAGGAACUAGAUCGUUUAGUGUCCUCAGGGUUCUUAGAACCUGUGGAUCCGGCUACUACUCAGAUCCUUUGUGCUUCUCCUUUAGUUGUUGUACCAAAGUCUAAUGGUGAGGUACGAUUAUGUGCAGAUUUCAAGGUAUCAAUCAACCCUCAUUUAAUCGAUGACGAAUACUGCAUCCCUACGUUUGAAGAAACAGUACUUAAGUUGAAUGGUUCAAAAUUCUUUUCAGUUAUUGAUUUGAAGGAUGCGUAUCUACAGAUUCCAGUGGACGAAGAAUCAAAAAAAAUAUCUAGUGGUAGCGACACAUAA